AUGACACGUCUUAUAAAUCUUUGGAUCGACGAUUCGCCGAUGAAACCUAUUUCGUUAAAAGCACUUCAUGUAAUGCCUUCACUGUUGUUACAAAAACCCAGCAAGAAGUCGAAAUCAAAAGACCAUACAAAAGCUUUAGAACGGCGCUUGACACUAUGGGAGAAUGGCGAAUUGUUAAAACUUUUUGAUGAAGCUGUCGCUAUUCAGGAAAGACUUCAACCACCAAAUCCGAAAAGUGAUAUUUCAUCUAUUUCGAAAAAGUUUCGAUUGUUCAUGCAGAAGGGAAAUAUCAACAGUGCUUUGCGAUUAUUAACUGACAACAUGAUGCAAGGUAUCCUUCCACUUAACGACGAGACAUUAUUAUUAUUGGAACAAAAACAUCCAGAUCAGGGGAAUCUUAGCGAAGAUACGUUAAUAGAUCAACCGUCACAGCGAAUCCAUGAUAUUGUUUUUGAUAUCAUUGAUGAAGACAUGGUAUUAAAAGCUGCCACAUAUACCAAAGGUGGUUCUGGUCCGUCAGGUUUGGAUGCUGACGGAUGGAGACGUAUAAUUUGCUCUUCCACAUUUGGUACAACCAAUACUGAUCUACGUAAAGCCAUAGCCGAGUUAACGAAGAAGAUGUGUAUUGAAUCUAUUCCAGAAUCUGAUAGAUCUCCGCUUGAAGCUUUUGUUGCUUGCCGUUUAAUACCGUUAAACAAAAAUCCUGGUUUACGACCAAUUGGUGUUGGUGAGGUGCUUCGUAAAAUAGUUGGGAAGAUUGUGAUAAACAUAUCUAAAAAUGACGUAAUUAAAGCAGCAGGUUCGUUACAAGUUUGUGCUGGUCAAAAUGCUGGUGUUGAAGCAGCCGUCCAUGCGAUGCAUGACAUUUUCGACAACGAUGAUACUGAGGCUGUUCUUCUAAUCGAUGCUGAGAAUGCCUUUAACUCAAUUAAUAGAAAGGUAAUGCUGCAUAACAUUUCGAAGUUAUGCCCAAUAAUUGCUACGUUCAUUAACAACUGUUAUGCUGUGCCUGCACGUUUAUUCGUGAUAGGCGGAAAGGAGAUUCUUUCGAGGGAAGGCACCACACAGGGCGAUCCGACGUCGAUGGCUGCGUAUGCUAUUGGAAUCAUACCAUUGUUGAAAGCACUUUUCAACAAUACACGUUCGAAUGACCACACCCUUAAAGAGGUUGCAUACGCUGACGAUUUUACUGUUGCUGGAAAACUUUACGAAAUUAAAGAAUUUUGGUCGAAAAUCGUUGACAUCGGUCCGAAAUACGGCUAUUUCCCGAAGGCAACUAAAUCCCAUCUAAUUGUGAAACAAGAGUAUCUACUUAGUGCUGAGCAAAUCUUUGCAGAUUCAAAUAUUUUGGUAACAUCGACUGGUCAACGUCAUCUCGGUGCAGUCAUUGGUAGUCAGUCUUACAAGAUUGAAUAUGUUAAUAACAAAGUUGCAAGUUUAGUUGAACAGCUAAAACUUCUAUCAAAGAUUGCUGAACUAGAACCUCAAUCAUCUUAUUGUGCGUUUGUAACUGGUUUUAAAGCUAAAUUGACAUUUCUUCUCCGGACCGUUCCCGACAUAAAAAAAUUACUUCAACCGAUAGAGACAGUCGUCAGAAACGAAUUCAUACCUGCGAUAACUGGUGGUCAUCUAUGCUCCGAAAACGAAAGGCUUUUAAUAUCACUUCCCACACGACUUGGAGGAUUGAAUCUCACUAUUUUUCCUGACGACGCACAAGUACAAUUUAAUAAUUCGAGAGUGAUCACAAAAUGUCUUGUCGACUCUAUCAAAAAGCAAGACAUAGACGGUAUCUACGAUGUUGGAAAAACAAAAACUGCUAAAGCACAAGUUAGAACUUUAAAAUUGGAUAUCCAGAAAGAGAAUCUGGCCCUAUGCAGAAAUAACAUGACGGUGAAGCAAGUUAAGGUAAACGACAUCAACCAACAAAAAGGAGUCUCCAAUUGGCUCAAUGUAUUGCCAAUAACUGAGCAAGGUUUUUAUCUCAACAAGCAAGAGUUUUGGGAUGCUAUGCGUCUACGCUACAAUUGGAGCAUUUCCAACUUACCCAGCAGUUGCGUUUGUGGAGCUCGAUUUGACGUUGAACACAGCAUGAAGUGUAAGAUGGGUGGCUUUGUUACGAGACGUCAGAACGACAUUCGUGACCUCACAUCAAAGUUACUCAAAGAUGUUUGUCAUGACGUACAGUUAGAACCGAAUUUGCUACCGCUGACUGGAGAACGUUUCGAUUUAAAGAGUGUAAAAACCGGUGAUGAUUGUAGACCGGACAUUCGUGCUCGUGAUUUUUGGAUAAACGGCCAACAGGCAUUUUUUGACGUAAGGGUUUUCGACCCCACUGCCUCGAGGUACAACAACCAAACUUUACAGCAAUCUUUCAUUUCAAACGAGAACGAGAAGAAAAGAAAUUACAAUCGUAGAAUUUUGAAUGUUCAUAAUGGCAGUUUCACGCCGCUUAUAUUCUCAAUUCACGGAAACAUGGGUCGCGAAUGCAUCACUUUUUACAGUCGGCUUUCGGAAAUGAUAGCGGAUAAGAAGAACAUACCCAUUUCAACUGCAGUCACACAUAUACGCACAAAACUUUCUUAUGCUCUGUUGAGAUCUGGUUUAAUAUGUUUAAGAGGUUCGAGAAGUUUAUAUAAAAAGUUCGAUGUAGGAGAUGAUAUUGUGGUUGAUCAUGAAAUUUCAAAGUUGAACUGUUAA